CCUUUGUGGCGUUUUUGUGUGUGGUCUACUAUAACUAUGGAAUAAGUUAAUUGCCUCAAUGUUAAGUAGCCCUGUGUUGGGUUUGAUAUCCUUCCUACUCUACCACUCAUGUCUCCUCUAUUCAUAUAAGGAAAACACGAUUUACACGACACGAUUUAAAUAUCUUAAAGGGUUGUAUGUUGCUGUUUGUUUCUCAUUAGGAGGCUGGAAUAACAACCCAACUGCUGGACAGUUCCAGGGUAUCUUCCGCAAGCUCAUGUAUAGAUGUGGUGUCAAGCCUGUGGAUUCUGGCAACGUGAGAGGACAGGAUGCCACUGUCACCCUGUCAGCUGAGCACUACACCAGAGUCUCCCUUUCCGCUGCUGAGAUGUCCUCUGCAGAUGCCGCCACUGCUGAAGAGCUGGUUUCUCCAUUCCUGAACAUUUCGGCCCUUGUAGGGGACCACAGCUACCUCCCGACUCGCUUUGGUGGUCUAGUAGACAACGCACUGGUCUACAUUGCUGGGUUCGUUGUCCGGUGUAUUUUUCGCAGCCUGUCCUGUGAUGUGUGCCGUGCCAGCCUGGUGACAGAUGCUGUAGCUGUCCCAUUUGACCAGAGCUACCAUCUGCUGGAACUUCGUAACAACGGUGGGCUGAUGAUUCCUUCAAAAGGAACUGUAAAGGUGGUGAGAGCUGCGGAGAGGGCCAUUCGUCAACACUCUCCAGGGAAAGCCCCUGAUGAGGUUGUUGUAGCCCACUUUGUCAGAGAGGAAAUCGGGACAGAGGACGUCUUUGCACUGGGGAGCCAUGUCCAAGAAAGCCAGUUUGGCAUCGACAAUCACCUGUCCCUCCUCCUGUCGCUGGUUGUCUCUGUCUUUAUGCGAAUACGGCUGCAUCAUAUCGCCAAAUUAACCUCGCUUACCUGGCAGAGAGGAAAUUCCCGAAAAAAACUCGGAAAAACCAUCCUGUUUCAAGGAUUUUGAA